AAUUAAAUCUCAAAUCAUUAUUAAGUAUUUAUUUCUUUAAAGAAAAGAUAAAACAACAACAAACCAAAACGUAGUCGUUUUAUAUAUAAAGUCUUUGUUCUCAUGCUACGUUAUAUUAAAAUUAUUAUCACUGGGUUCUUAAUUAAUUACCUAGCAAACAAAAUAAAAUGCAGAACACUCUACUUCUUUUCUCAACUUCAUCUUCCAUUCCAAAAUCUCCAUUUCUAAACCCUAACCCUAAAAUGUCUCUUCUUUCCCAUCAUCCCUCUCUCAUUCAGCUUCAUCAUUACUCACUUCGUCGAAUUUCAUGGGGAAGAGCUAAUUCGAAACCAUUUCUUCCACCUCCUCUUUCUUUUUCUUCUUCUUCUUCUUCGAGUUUCAAAGCUGAAAUCUCUGCUUCGAUCCUCAGUCGAAGAGGAAAAGAAAACGAUUUCAUAGUUAGGGCGACACCCACAUCAAUGCCGGAGAGUAGUGAAGAGAGCGCGAUUGAGCAAGAGUUGGGUCGGACAUUGCAGCUUGUAUCCAUGUUUGGAAUUUGGUACCUUCUCAAUAUUUAUUUCAAUAUCUUCAACAAACAGGUUCUGAAAGUCUAUCCAUUUCCGGCGACUGUUACUGCUUUCCAAUUUGGUUGCGGAACUCUCAUCAUUCUCUUCAUGUGGGGUUUCAAGCUUUAUAACAGACCAAAUAUUACUCCAUCUCAGUUUGCAGCAAUACUGCCCUUGGCUGUGGCGCACACAUUAGGCAACUUGUUGACCAAUGUUAGCCUUGGGAAAGUCUCUGUUUCAUUCACACACACUAUCAAAGCUAUGGAGCCCUUUUUCACCGUUCUCUUCUCUGCCCUCUAUUUUUCUGAGAUACCAAGUGUGUGGGUGGUUUCUUCUCUUGUACCAAUUGUAGGUGGAGUGGCAUUGGCUUCCUUCACGGAAGCUUCUUUUAAUUGGAUUGGAUUCUGUAGUGCAAUGGCUUCCAAUGUUACUAAUCAAUCACGUAAUGUUUUCAGCAAGAAGUUGAUGGUUCAAGAAGAGGAAACUUUGGACAAUAUCAAUCUGUUCUCAGUGAUAACCAUCAUUUCAUUUUUGAUGUUAACACCCUCGGCCAUUCUUAUUGAAGGAGUGAAAUUUAGUCCUUCAUAUCUGCAAUCAGCUGCAAAUCAAGGAUUGAACAUUAAAGAGCUAUGCUUGAGAUUACUUCUAUCGGGUAUCUGCUUUCAUUCUUACCAGCAGGUGUCAUAUAUGAUUCUACAAAUGGUAUCGCCUGUAACUCAUGCAGUAGGAAACUGUGUAAAGCGUGUGGUGCUCAUAGUAUCCUCAGUCAUCUUCUUUCAAACACCUAUUUCACCUGUUAACUCUCUUGGAACUGCUGUGGCUCUUGCUGGAGUCUUCUUAUACUCGAGAGCAAAACGAAUUAAGCCAAACUCAAAAGUUGUAUAAGCUAUUAUGACUAAAUUAUAUAUAAAAGAAAAGUUGAAAAAAAAAAACUAUAGCUUCACUUUCCCACCGAUCGAUAUUUUGUAAAGAAAUGUUUUUGUUCUCAAAUCUUUAUGUCUUUAAUUGGUUUUUGUUUUAGUUGAAAAGGAGAAAUGUUAAUUAAUUAAAA